AACAUGAUGACGUUCCGCUGUCAAAAAGCUCUCUGCCGAAUGAAGUCAUCGCUUGACAGCAGCAGUUUUCGAUUAACCAUUGUUCGGGUUGUUGGAAAGUGUUUCGGGAUCAAAGAGGGGAGGAGGGCCAGCACAGCGAACAAUUCCGUCGUUUAUAUUUUUGUUUUCGUUCCGCUUACACCGCCGGAGCCGUCGUGUUUCGUUUCGCUUUUCCGCUGUCCAAUACGCGCUCGUGAGGAGGUGUGUAAAGGAGAAAAGUUGGAGCCCCGUAGGAAAUUGCGUUACCAUUAUUAGCACCGCCGCAGCCGGUCGCCGUCGUGCACUUUCGAAACGUGCCAGCGAGCUUUCCGUUUUCGUAAUUCGGCUCCUCCGGUGGAAGCAGCCGAAGGUGGAAAAUCGAUCGAGCCCGCCUUCAGCGAAGAUUCGCACCCACGGUUCAGUGCGUUCGACAGUUCGGUUUGGUGUGCCCCCCAGUCCACAGGUGGCAGUUUCACGUGCUCGUGAUCGCUCUCCCGCAGCACCGUAAACAUGUCGCAGAUGGGCCGCGCCGUCAAGAACCUGGAACCGCCACGUCCGUUAAAAUCGACGCUGAAGCAAUCGCACGUCCAUCUGCCGGUUUAUGAAGUUCAAUCAAUCGAAGAGCUCAUAACGCUGACGGAGAAUGUGGCCGCCAGCCUUGCGAGCGGCUGCAACAAUGCGGACGGUGUGAACGCACUGCUGGCCAAUCUGCGGCUGCACGGACCACAGCUGGAGAACGUAUCGAAGGAUACGCUGGAUCGUGCGCUGGUCAUCUUCCGCAAUGCGUCACAGGACGAGCGGCUGAACAUAAUGACGCGAUUGAAUCUGUUACAGCUAAUAGAGCUGCGCGCCAAAUCCUGGCAGGUUUCUGAUGGUGCAAACACCUACUACAAACACAAAGCUACAAAUGUGGAGCCUGACAUUUUGGCCGACCCGAACCUGCUGGGAUCCUCCCCGCCGAUGGGCCAAGCUGUGCCCGCGCUGGCACCGGGCGAGCUGAUACGGACCUCCGGCAAAUUCCCGAAACCGACGAAAAUACCCGGUAAAACAUACUGCAAGGACGAGAUCGUGAUUCGUAAUGCCGAUUCGGGAAAAGUAAUGGGAAUCAAGGGACGUAGAGUUCAUAUGAUUGAAGAACUGUCGGAAACUGUUAUUUCGUUCCAAAGAGUGGCUACCGGGGCAAAAGAACGGCUGGUUCAAAUAACUGGUCCUAACGAGGAGAAAAUCAAUUACGCAAAACAGCUGAUUGAAGACACUAUUCGUCGUAACGCGUCCCCGGUACGUUUGGACAAUUCCCAGGACGGAUCCUGCAGUUCUCUAGCGUCAUCCGGAUCGGAUGAAACGGUCCCGAGAAAGGAGGCAGGAUCGAACGCAAGAAGCGCCUUAGCUGGGGCGAUGGCAGAGAUGGCAGCGAACAAUGGUGGGGUGGGCACUACGAACGGGUUGGGCAGCUUCAUGUCCAACCAACAACCGUCGGUACCGGGCACGGGACCGGGUUCGGCGCUCAGUCUGAAUCUCAGCGGUUACUCCCAAACGGCACCGGCUGCCUACACGCAUCCGAAGCUAACACGCAACGGGUCCCAAAACAGUGGCCAGCAACGGAACAGUGCCGGUAACGGCGGGGGUCUGCUGCUGCACAGCUUCUCCACGAACGAUGCGUCACUGGGCGAGUACAAGUAUACGGUGAACGUGGGUCAGCAUAACCUUAAAAUAACUGGCGACUGUUUGGAGCUUGUGAAGGUGGCCAAACUGGUGCUGGAUGAUUACUUCAGCAGCAACGAAUUUCUGGCCUCGGUAGACAUGUGCUCAAGUUUCGAUCUACCGAACUCGCUUUCCUCGCCGGUGGGAGCAAUGCCUGGCCAACAUUCGCUCAUCACCGGCACACCGUUCGUGGACAGUGGCGUCGGAUUGAACAACAUCGGCUCCACGGUGCACGGCGAGCCGGGCAACAGCAGCAUCGAGCUGAUGGACGACGAUGUGUUUAUCGUCGAGGCGGGCUCUGGCUAUAAGCCGAACGAAGUGCAGAACAGCGGCAGCAGCGGUACGAUUUCAGCCAACAGCAACAAUGGUCUGAGCCGGUCUCGUCGGAGCCAUUUUUCGCGCAAGGAUAGUGCGGGCGAUGGGCUGAAGGAGACUGCACCGGCCACAGUGAAAUUGGAUUCGAACGCAGUGAAACGAAUCGAAUACGAACGGCUGAUUUACUACUCCAAGUCACCCUACUCGUGGGAUUUGCCUGCUGACUGGAAGCGUAUAUGUGAAACUCUUCCUUAUUUGGUAAAGAAUAAGGAUAUCGAAGAUCAAAAAAAUCGUUUUAACGGUGAGCAAUUUCUGGAGAUGAAAAAGCAGCAGGCAGCAGCAAAGGACAGUGGUAGCAGUGCCGCCGGCGUGCUGCAGCCACAGGGAACCACCACCAAUCCAGAAGGUGGUACCGAAGGUGCCGUACAGCAACCACCAACCAGCAGCAGCAGUGAUGGGGGGGCAACAGGCGCGGAAGAAACAGUCGUCGCUUCCUCGCCAUCAGCAUAACAGAUGGAUAAAACCCAGUGCAUAAACGGGCCCGUUUGGUUCGUCGAAACACACACUGUGACACGCUUCCGUGGAGCCAUUUAAACGAAGAAAAAAAUGGCAUAAUAGGAAGAGCAACCUAUCUGUUGUGCCUGUUGACGAAGACGACGCAAUUCGAAUGUUGUACGAAACGUGUGUGUGUGCGGGGUCCCCGCUAAUCUUAUCGCACCGCGUACGGUAAUCCUUUAUUCAUCUUCCCUUUUUUUAAGGUCCUAUCAACAAACUACAUCUAGCUGCUAGUGCGAAACUCAUUAACCUAAAAUCCUCUAUUAACAUUAACGAGAUUAUUAACAUUUUUUUCUUCUUCUAUUUUUACUGCAUUACUUCACCAAAAAACAAAAAUUAUAUAAAAUAAGUUCUUUUUGCUCCGAUGGAAGGGGGAGAGAGAGUAAGAGAGAUUCUUUUUUGUUUGUGCGCUGUUCAUCGAUCUUUUGAUUGAUCGGAGGAUGGGUGUGCCGGGCUUUGUUUGUUAGCUGUGGCUGAUGCCGCGCAUUAGUAGCCGGCCCUACUCUCAGAUGAGGUUGAAGCUAGCCACCGAAGAUGAUAUUACGAGGCCCGGGGUUUUCCCGCUUGGGUGGCGCAUUAACCGGACGGGAGCGGGCUCGUACUCGUGCAUACAGUGAUAUUUUCAUUACUUGUGGUUUUUUUUAUAUGCCAAAUAUUAAGGGACAGAACGAGUGAGGCAGAAAUCGUGAUAAUAACGACGAGAUGGGGUGCCGGGAUCCCCACGGCCCCUACAUAUUUAUCCCAUCCUUUAUUUAUCAUCCUUCAGCAGGGAGCAAGGAGCAGAAAAGGGCAGAGAUCUUUUUUUUUUGUUAUAUGGUGAUCGAGCGGGGCGCGCCUUACGCCGCCGAACAUUAGCGCGCGACGAUAGUUUAAUAAUAACAAAACAUUUAAUGUGUAUUAAUAACUUUCUAGUCUCAUCAAGGCAGGCAGGCAAACGGCAGGACUCAAAUCAAACUAAAACACGCCAGCAGUCGUUCGCAUCUCGCAACCACCGACUCGCGGCCCUCAAAAAGAAACGCUCGUAACGAAUUUGUGUUUUCUUUUUUGUGAUUAUUCUCCUAUUUAUUUACACAUGUUUCGUUUGCAAACUGUGUUGGAUGGAUCGAGAACACAACGGUUGUAAGCAAUUGUUUGUUUGUUUGCUUGUUUCUUUCCUGCUUCGCGUGACACACUCCUAACGCGUGAUUCAGUCGUAACGAAUUAAUUUUUUUGCUUUUCGAUUUUAUUUAUUGAUUAUUUAUACGUUUUCGUAAUUUUUUGAUAAAGCAUGCGUGCGUGCUUUGUUUGUUUUUUUUUUUUGUUUCGUUUUUGUUUGUUAAUUACCACACACACACAUUAAAACCAUGGGUAGAGGAGUUUCGGCUUUUCUCUUCCCAUAUUCUCAUAUCCAUUAUUACUGCUAAUAAUGAUACCCGACCGGUGUUGUGCCGGAGGAUAGUUAGUAAAGCAAUAGGAAAACAACGAUUAAUAAGAAAGAAAACAGGAAAGAGGAACAGGAACAGGCUUGUGUUUUGCAUAAGGCUAUACACACAGAGCUGCUAGUAGUAGGACACGGAAGGGCCACCGAAAGGGGCAGACAGGAAUAAAGUUGUGGCGCUUACAUUUAACUUUUAUCCCCCCAUACACACAUACCGAUUCUAACGGAAAGCAAAAACCCAUGGAUAAUAAAAACACACACACACACACGUA